AUGUAUGCCGACACAAAUUCUAGCAAAGCAAGCACGAAACGAAAAGAUCCAGAAGACUCAGAAAUCCAAUCAAGGGAUCUAUGUUUUCCCGCUUUGGAAGACAAAAAAGCCAGCAAAGAUCCAUUGAUAAUACAAGCACAGAUAUUCGAUAUUGCGGUACGAAGAGUAUAUAUUGAAAACGGAAGCGAAUGCGACAUUAUAUAUGAACAUUGCUUCCUGCAAUUACCAAAGACGAUAAAGGCAAGAAUGACAAACCCCACAGGCCCACUCGCAGGAUUUGCCAGAAACCGCGUGUGGCCCCUAGGGGAAAUAGAUCUUGACGUUACCCUGGGGAACCCUCCGUUUGCACGAACAGAAACCCUAGAUUUCAUUGUAGUGCGAGCAGCCUCACCAUACAACCUUCUCAUGGGAAGACCAGCAAUUCAGCGAAUGGAAAUGGUACCUUCCACGGUCCACGCUAUGGUACUAUUCCAAACGAAAUCUGGUGUGGGAAUAAUAAAAUCAAGCUAUGAUUAG